UUAUGAAUUAUAUUGGUGUGGACUGCUCCCUGAUCUUUCCCCUCACAGCUAUAUAGAUCGCCUGCCAUCAUGGACAAGAUUCUAGAGGCGCUGGUCAGCUCCUCUCACUCAGUCCCAGUGAAGAAGGCCAUCGUGAAGAAGGUAGUCGAAGCCGCAGAGAAAGAGGUCACGGCGGAGCAAUGUCAGGCCCUGUACACCCUCACCACUCGCCUCAUCUUCUUGGGCGAAGACGCCUUCCAGAAACYGGUGGGCUUCCAGGUGCUGGAGGCCUAUGCCCGCUACCACCGUGCUGAUUUUGAGCUCUUCUUCAGCAAAGACUUUGUCCUGGGCCUGUUACAGCAGGGCUACGGCCCCCUGGACCGCAAAGACCCGGCCGUGGUCGACUACAUCCAUGGCUGCCUGCGGCUGCUGAUCAGCUGCCCCUCGGUGCUGGAUAUCUUCUCCAUCAUCCAGACAGAAAUCCUAAGGAUGGUGUGCGAACGGCCUGAGCCAGCCCUGUGCGCCCGUCUUGCCACCAUGCUCUCAGACUUCGUACAGUGCAUCCCCCGGGAGAAGGCGGCCAUUUUGUUCUGCCAGCAGUUGGUGAGGACCAUUGGGUACUUCCACUGUCCGGCCAGCCAGGAGCAGGAGCUGAGGGAGUACGUGGACCAGGUGACCAAGGUCAGCACGUUGUUGCAGAACAUCUGGAAGGCGGAGCCGGUCACACUGCUGCCAUCUCUGCAGGAGGUGUUCGCUAUAAUCUCCUCCACUGACACCUCCUUCGACCCCUCCAUUGCCCUAGCCAGCCUGGUCCAGCACAUACCUCUCCAGAUGAUCACAGUUCUCAUCAAGAGCCUUACCACCGACCAGAACGUCAAAGACACCAGCAUGACUCAAGCACUCUGCAGGUCACUGGGUGCCUUUACUGUGUUUUUUCAUUAG